CCGGACCCUACCACGUAUACGCCCGACUGCCGGCAUCGACCGCACCGCAUAUCGCUAUCGUAAUCCACCCAUUUCGCGGCAUUGGCGGCGUCGUACAGGUCAGUGACGUAAGCGUACAGGUGCACCCCUUCGCCCAACUCGUCGAUGAAUACCGCUAGGUCGCUACCGCCGCCCAAAUCGUCCCAAUCCGGUGCGAUGGUCCCAUCAACAAACGCGUUCACCGUCAGUCUCCUACUGUGGUAACACUCCUGCGGCCACCACGAAGGGCAAAAAGAUUCGCACUCCAGCCAGGCAGGCGGCUUUGUGUCCAUGAAUGUCUUAGUCAUGGACCGCCAGGCGUCCGGCACACCAGCAGGUCGAGAUAUACCUAACAUAAAAGGCCCAACCGACUGCCGGAAAUGGCACAUUGAACUCGACCGACGGGACAUCCCUCGAGGGGGCAUCACCUUCUUCGACGAGCUGGACCGCACCAGCAGCAACUAGGUUGCCGAACUCAUCAUACAUAGCUCAGGACUCAGCCAUAUAGCUCAGCCACCCGUGUUUGAUGUUAGACGACCAUAGUGAUACAGCUAAGUCGCUAACCGCAUCUAUCCAAACCGUAAGACCUUUAUAUUUAAGCUGAAACCGAUGGCCAACCGUUGUAUAGCUCCAAUCGUGGUAUAGUCUCCGGACAUGCAAAUUUUGCACGUAUCCAAAGUCGCAUACAUCCCAGGGAAUCGGACAGAGCCCUUCUUCCUGGCACAACUUGGUGGACUGAGCCCACUGUAGAGCAAUAUGCCGCCGGGAAGCGUUGAACACUCGGAUGGAAUCUUUGGCACUGUACUCUGGCUUGGGGUCCUCAUCACCAAUGGUCCCGAUGACGUCGUCGCUACUGUGUGAUCUACGCCGCGACCAAGGGUAAUCUGGGUCAGGGGGGGACACAUCACCACCUCGGCGGCGCGGUCCACGACUAGCAUCGCACACACCGACUGUCCCCCAACCUUGCGACUCGCUGUCUGUGAGCGUGCCGCUGAGUGCCGACGACGCGAGGUCGCGCUCCUGCUCCCCGCGUCCAUGCCUGUCGGCGCGACUCACGAAGUGAGUCGACUGGCCUUCUAUAGCCCGCGUAAUGGCACGAACUACAGGAUGCGGGUCUUCAACAACAUGGUAACUGUUGCGCCUGCAGCCCUGCUCACAAUGCACACGGCAUCGUCGGCAGCGCGUGCAGCUUCGCACUGCGUGACAGUCCCCGACCACGCACUUGGGGAACGGACAGUGCGUUUCACACCUUCCACACACAUGAGUAGCGUUCCAUGCGCAUCGAGAAAUGCGCCCGGACGACGUGGUAGUGACAAAUGAGCACCUAGUCAUUGUGGUAGCACAUACUCAACCCUCGGGUCCCAUGAUGAAACCCCCGCACGGUCGGAGGAUCGGCCCUGACUACGCCAUAAAGCAAAGAGCAGGUCGGUCCCUUCUUUCAGCCAUAAAAAUGACUGAAGAGUGGUACGCCCCCCUCGACUCGAUACAACACCACAAACUAAAUUUACCUCGGUGGGCGAGGUACGGAGCUGGAGCAGCGAAUGUUGUUACGUCGCUGCAGAGUGGAGAGGAGAAAGCGCGGUAA